UCUUAACACCGCCCACACCAGCUCUGUCGGCUACAGUUUUGUCAGGCAGAAAACUUCCUGAAUGAGACACAAACCCUCAACAAAGCGGGCAGAGUAGCCUGUCUAAGCAAAAAUCAACCUGUUGUCGUCUUAUCUCUUAUUUAAUCGCUGAUUCAUCACCAGAUAUUUAGCAAUAUAACCUGUCAGCUCAGGACGGACUUGUUCACCUGCUAUAAGCGGCUAAUCUGAUGUUAGCAGGCUAAACGUUACCUAGACAUUUUAACAUUAAUCACCUCCGUGUCAUCGGCUUUCUUCUCUUCAGUGACAACUUUCUCACCACGGUUCUUUGUCUGCUCCCAUUCUGUCAAUCUCCGUGAAUGAUUGAAUGUGGUGAGACUGGCAUCAGUGGACGAGCGCACAAAUAACGGGCCAUUGAUUGGUCAAGGAUGACCAUGGAAGACAUGAGGAAUGAAGCCGACAUCUCCUCAAGAGUCUCUAUGACUCUCUACUCUGUGAUGUAUCCUGUUUUUAACCAGUUGGAGGAAGUCAACUUACCAGCAGCGCAGACAUUGAGAGCAGCCUUUAUAAAGGCGGAUAAGGCGAGCCCAGGGCUGACCCAGGACAUUGUUGUGAAAAUACUGGAGAAGAAGAAUUUAAAAAUCAACUUUAACGAGUCUCUCCUUCGCAUGGCUGCAGAUGAUGUGGAAGAGUUCAUGAUUGACAGGCGAGAACCAGUGUUCCAGGAGCUGAAUGAGAGGGCCCGAGCUCUGAAACACAUCCUCAGCACCAUACCAGAUGAGAUCAAUGACAGAGUAGGCUUCCUACAGACCAUCAAAGACAUUGCGAGUGCCAUCAAGGAGCUGCUAGACACAGUUAAUACAGUCUUCAGGAAAUACCAGUAUCAGAAUAGACGGGCACUGGAACAGCAGAAGAAAGAGUUUGUGAAAUACUCCAAGAGCUUCAGCGACACUCUCAAAACCUUCUUCAAAGAUGGAAAAGUGAUAAACGUGUUUGUCAGCGCCAACCAGCUCACCCACCAAAUCAACAUGAUACUGCAGGCCUUCAAGACUACGGUGUAGAAGCCAGAGAGGAUGAUGCUCACAGACACACAUCUUUAUUAGAGAAUAUGUGAAAUGAGGCUUUGUAAUUUGUAAAGACAUUUUUAUUAUUUCGGGCUGUAUAAUUUAUAAUUCUGUGGCUUUGAGGGGAGAUCAGGUAGUUUGAGGUUCAAAGCAAAUCAGGUUGACAGUAAUUGCCAGGGAUUUUUAACUCUCUUUAAUGUUGUUCUUUUAUCAGAUUCUUAAGGGGAUAUUUCUUCAUUCCUUUAUAUAUUUCUCCUUCUCUGUAAAUUUCUGUGAAGGUCUGAAGAAAUAUUCAGAGAAUAUGAUUAUUUCCCAUGUCCUUAAAAGAUUUGUGAUUGCAAAAGUCUUAAAAAAAAACACUGAAGAAGUUUCAAACAUAUUUUCUGUAAUUCCAGUUUUAUUUUGCUGUAGUUUCUUGAUGUAAAGCAUAAUAUUAAAUUAUACAGUGGUAUCA